AAGUACGUCAGUGUAGUUGGGCCAUGGUAAGCAGCGACUGACGUAGUUGCAAGCCGGCUUAUAUGUUUUCACUUCGAUUGACCCCCGCUUCGGCGGUGAUGCCACGGCAAAGAUCCCAACGGCCAAGCCUGCGUCCUGUCGCGAUCGAAAAUUCGUCUGAGUCGCUGAGUCAAACAUACUGCUGGGACAGUGUGCCCGACGAUCAAGCCGGUGCAUCCUCGUGUGUCCAGAUAAGACUGCAGCGAGUGAAGCCGAUAACCCGAGAUGGGAAGGAGGAGGGCUGCCGCAGUCCAUGAAUCACAGGCUGG